AUGACAACAAGUACAAAUCUAUACUAUUCAAAUGAAUGGAAGAAGAAAUGCUCGAAUGAUUCAAGUUUUCUGGCUUCUUGGCAAGGACUUUCUGUAUUCUCUCAUUCAAUGUUGGUAUUUUUUAUCCCAAUUUACGGAUUCACGACUUAUUGUAUAUUACAAAAAACUCCAAAAACUAUGAAUUCGGUAAAAUGGGUUCUACUAAACACGCAUUGUUGGUGUUGUUAUGUCGAUAUAUUGAUAUGCUCCCUCAUUACCCCGUAUUUCUUUUUUCCAACAAUUUCUGGGUUUCCAGUUGGUUUACUACGUGUGCUUAAAGUUCCAACGUCUGUUCAAGUUCUUAUAGGAUUUAUUUCUGCUUUGUUUAUGGCAAUCUCUCUUGUUGCAUUAUUUGAAAAUCGAAGUAGUGCCAUUCAGAACAAUAAAUUCAGAAUUACAAAAAAACGGUGGAAAUUAUUAUAUUAUUCCGUGAAUUGCUUUAUUGUAUUAGUUUAUCUAAUUCCUCCAUAUUGCAAUGUUCCAGAACAAGAGUCAGCUAAAUUGCAUUUGCUGCAAGCAAUUCCAUGCCCGACAGAGGAGUUUUUCUACUCCGAUGUUUUUGUUUGGACAAUUGAUAAAUUUUGGAUAAACUACCUUUGGAUGAGUACAGGUGUUAUAGUUUUGAUGUUAUUCAGUCAAUUGGGAUUUUUUACAAUAUGUUGCAUAUAUUAUUUAUACAUCUCUACAGCAAUAAUGAUUUCUUCAAACACAAGAAAAUUUCAACGUUCUUUCUUUUUGGGAACAAUUACUCAGGCAGUUGUUCCAUUAAUAUUUCUACUGCUACCCGUAAUAAUUGGAAUUGUGGUUAUUUACUGUGAAUAUUAUAAUCAAGAACUAAAUAACUCUUUAGUAUUAUUUUUAUCAUUGCAUGGGUUCACUUCAACAUUUGUCAUUAUACUUGUACAUCAUCCAUAUCGAAGAUUUCUCAUCAAAGUCGUAACAUUUGAUAGAAGCGCCGAAGUGACCGGGAUUUCAUACAUUACAAAAGGUGCUCGAGUCGACAAUAAUGUGUUGAGAAGACUUCCAAACCGCACUUCUCCUUAUAUUAGAACUGAUUUUUGAAAAACUAUAAAA